UGUCCCGUUGAUUAUUCCUUUAGCUGCUACCCAAAACUAUCCAAUUUUAUUCCAAAUUUUUGCGAAUUGAACUACAAUCAGUUCGCAAUUGCAGAACGCCCCAUGGAUUUUGCAACAUUCCUCGAAAUUGCUAAAGAAGAACAUAACAGUGGUGAUGAACUGACAGAAAUUAUCAAAGCAUUAAGAGGUUUAGACAGAGAUGGCACCCGGUCAAUUCCAGCUAAAGAACUUCGAUCAAUUUUGGCAUCGAUUGGCGAGCGGAUGAGCCAUCAGGAAAUUGAUAACUUCCUUAAGCAGGUCGCUGUUGGAGGCAUGGUACCGCAUCAGAAGCUCAUUGAAUACAUUUCAAAGCGAACCUGA